CUCAGUUUCCCAUCUCUCUCUCGACGCGAAAGCUCCUUUUGCUGUUGGUGCUUUUGACACAGUGUGGGUGUACGUAUGUGAAUGUGGGUGUCGUGUACUCUCUCUUUCUCUCUUUCUCUCUCUCUCUCCUUCUCUUUCUCUUUCUCUUUCUCUCUUUCACUUCGCCGAUCGAAAAUUAUGAUUCGACGAGGUGACUCCGCAAGGUGAUCGAAUCAGUCGCGCGAUCGGUUCCCGAGGACUCGUCGUGUUCUCCUCGACUUCGUUCGUGUUUACAAACGAUCACAAAAGUUAUCAUUUCUUUUGUAUUUUUCCUGAGGGAUUGAUAAGAUAAAUUGAUUUCCUUCAAGUGGAGUGACCGACAGGUUAACGACCGAUGAUCGUGACUUCGUAAUAAUUCUCGAAGAAGGAAUUAAACAGAAAAGAACAAAAAGAAAAAAAAAACAACGAACGACGAUCGUGUUGAAGGUGAACCAAUGAAAAGAUUCGCGCGAUAAAUUGGAAUUUUCGAAAAAGUUGACGCGUAUGUUUUUUCUCGAGUGAUGCGUACGAUAAAGCUUGGAUGAGAAUCGAUUGAAAAAAAGGAAGGAAAGAAAAGAAAAAAAUAAAAAAGAGCGAAAGAAAAAAGAAAGAAAGAAAGAAAGAAAGAAAGAAAGGAAUAAUCAAAGAAAGAAAGAAAUCUUUCGAGUUCGGACUUUCGAAGUGCCGUCGCGACGGUGGAGGAGAAAGAGGUAAAUCGUCUCGGGAAGAGGUACGACGAAGCAGCAACUGUGGAGGGUCUUUCCGUUUACUGGGAGGAUUUCGUCGAGCAGCAUCGUGUAAAUGCAGCUACGGCGGCGAACAUCUUUAUGAACUACUCCGCACAAGACAGGACCAGAAUGGUUUCGCACGUCAUUCCUGUCUCCGGGGAGCUACAACAGGGUAACGGUAGCCUAGGUACUGCAGGACUAGGCAGCAUACAGGACUCUCCUCACUCCUUAAAAAUAAAACAGGAGCCUUUUCAGCUGUCUCCUCCUUCGCCACUUCCGCCUCUUCAUCAAGUGAGCAGUUUCAUGUCGGAUCUACAAAAUGGUUACAUGAUCAAUGCUUCGAAGGAUCUGGAAUCUUCCGUAUCUACUGGUAUCAACAAAAGUCUGACUACUCAUCAUCCGUCCUUGAGUCUUCAUCAUUCUCAUCAUAGCUUGCACAGUCCUAAUUCGACGAUUUCGAUGCACUCUACACCAUCACAACAACAACAACAACAACAACAACAACAACCGCAUCAUCAUUUGGAAGACAAAGUGUCUUCGCCAAAUGGAGGACUUCAUAGUUCAACGACUAAUAGUAACCCUUCGACACCUUCUGCCCCAUCAACGCCUACUGCUGGCACUGACAACAGUGCUGGCUCGAAUACAGCUGCUGUAACGAAUAAUAAUAAUAAUAGUAAUGGUAAUGCUGCUUCAACUACAGCCAGUAAGCCACCUUUCAGUUACGUUGCUUUGAUAGCGAUGGCGAUACAACAUAGUGCACAAAAAAGGGCGACCCUUAGCGAAAUUUAUGCUUACAUCACCGCCAAGUUUCCUUAUUUCGAGAAGAAUAAAAAGGGCUGGCAAAAUUCGAUUAGGCAUAAUUUAUCUUUGAACGAGUGUUUUGUCAAGGUACCACGCGAGGGUGGUGGCGAAAGGAAGGGCAACUUUUGGACACUCGAUCCCCAAUACGAGGACAUGUUUGAAAAUGGUAACUACAGGAGACGCAGACGUAUGAAACGUCCAUACAGAAACGCUCCUUAUCACAAAUCUAUCUUUGGCGAUCCCUUCUCGCCGACACAUGUCCAUCUUGGUCCUAGAAAUUUAUUCGCCCAUACACCAUCUUCCUAUGCACCUACUACUUACGCGCGAUACGAUACGAGUGCAUGGAGUCUUCAGCAACCACAAUUAUCCUACAGUCAUUGUCAGUCGCUUCAACCACAGUUACAAUCCAUGCAAUCGAUGCAAAUACCGACGAUGAACGGGUACAGUCAACUGAGUACUUCGUUAAGUGAGUCUCUGCUCUAUCCUCCGAACUUCAGUUCUUUGAGCUCGCGAGUCAUUAGACGACCGUGCAAAGCUUUUCAAGGCAAUUACCUGGAUGUUCCAGGUGGAACGACUGGAUCACCAGGAACGAUGAGCAGUGGAUCCUUUGGUAGCACGUUCACGGCAUGCGGUAGGAGACACGAAACCAGCAUGGCGACUGAAACGAUGCCAGCAAGGUGCUAUUGGCCAGAAAUGGUAAACGUGAAAGAGGAACCAGGUAGUACCACGGCAUCGACAUCAGCCGUCGGCGGUGUUCCACCGACAAUGAUGGGAACCACGGUGCCAUCGAGCGUUACCGCGCCAGCUUUUCCCUCCGUCGAAUUUCAAACGCGAUCGAAGUGUUUCAUGUGAACUGUUUAAUCAAUCGAUUCGAUAUAGAAACAGGAAAACUUCGAUUUUUUUCACUUUUGGUACGUGGAUACGUAUCAAAUGGGUUUGUGAUUCUCUCUCUCUCUCUCUCUCUCUCUCUCUCUCUCUCUCUCUCUUUCUCUCUCUCUCUCCCUUUCUUUUCUUUUCUUUUCUUCUUCGAAUAGCUUUUGUUAAAAGAUAUGACAUCUUUAAAAGUGGGUGGAGGAAGAGGGUAGAUGGAAGAAAAAAACAAAACGAAUUUAAAAUAGGGACGGAAAGUAUUCGUAUAUGAUAUUUCCUAUUUUUGGAUGACGAAGCGAAAUAUUCUAAGAUUUUCAUCCGCGUUCCAUUUCGAGUCUUUUGAGACAAGAUGACAUCGACGAAGGACGAAGAGAAAACGAAUGAGUCUGGUAAGCAAUGAAGGCGAUGACGACGAGCGAGAUACAUCGUCGUGAACCAUUGAAACGUUUCUUUGAGAGUCAUGUGAGAGAAUUAAAGUUAAAAAAAGAGAUAGAGAGAGAGAGAGAGAGAAAGAGAGAGAGAGAGAGAG